CGAAUAAAUAAAUACCAAACCUCCCCUUCCAAACGCGUCAACUACACCUCUUGAAUUUUCAUCACCAUGAAGGGUUCAACCAUUUCACCGUCUCUGAUCUCCCUCUGUCUCACUGUGUCGCUCUUGUGUGCCACUUUUGCGUACCAAAUAGAGCAGUACUGCUAUCCCAAGUCUUCUCAUGGAUCCAUGAUUCCAAACCAACCAGAAAAAAAACAAGGACAAGAUGAGUUCAAAGAUAAUGCUUUUAAGACGUUAAACGCCAUCAAAGUGGACAGAAAACCACCAUUAACCAGACAACCGGUUGAAAGCAUGGAUGCGCAUAAACCAUCUUAUAAAGUCCCCAAAAAGUCUGAGGACAAACAAUUGUUAGAUGGUGAUUUUGCGGUCGUUGACCUUGAGAUUGUAGACCAUGGAGAGUAUGUUCUGAAGAUUAAGAAGCUUAAUCUAAGUUCAACCAAUGAGGAUGAGGUACAAAGGGCUAACCAGAUGGCUCAAAAUGGAGCCAUGUUGUUACUUUACGGAGAGAUGCUUCUAGAGAUGGGAGAGAAAUUGAUGGCUCACUCCCAAUCAUCCAUUUACUCCAUAUUUAAAAUGCCUACGCCUCCUAAAUUGAAGUAUGAUCGAUGAUUAAUCAUAACUAAUAAGCUUUCACACACACAAAAAUAAACACCAAGUAGCUAGCUAGCUAGGUUUUGCAUUGUAUUUUCCUUUCUUAGUUUGAGAAUUAUUUUUAAUCCCUUUUUCCCCGUGACUUAUUGUUUGCUACGGAGUGUUUGUGUUUCGACAUUACAUUAUUAUAAGAAAUUGGUAAAAUAGGAUCAAGUACAUAGUGUUGUCUGACAUGUUAUGAGAACAAGACCUUUCAAAA